UGCAUAAAAAGAGCAAAUCGACAAAGCCGAGGGUUAGAGGUGUGUCUGGAAACAGAGCAGGCCGGAGGACUGACACAGCUGUCAGACCGGCUUGAGCGAUGCGUCCCCAGUGAGCCCGUCUCCUCCCUCGACCAGACCUCCCUACCGGACUCAGAGUGGCUCACGUGGAGUCCGCAGGACAAAUUCGCCUGGGUGAAAGCAUCUAAGGACCCUAGGGUUGCUGUAGGUCAACAGUCUCCACUGGAGAAGAAGAUCUUGAAUCUAGGUGGUGUACAUACAAGAGCAGCAAGACAACUGAUCAUUCAGAAGCGUCGAGAAGAAUAUGAAACACUACGCAGGGAACAAGUGCUUUCUUUUGAUUACUGGCUCGCGAAGGCAGAGUCUUAUUAUAAUAAAAGAAUAGCAGACAUGAUGAAAGAAGAAGGGGCAGACAAUGGAAUGAAGAAGGAGACGGAGGAGAGCAUAACCGAAAGCAUCGAGGGGCAGCAGUGUUACUACUUGGUACCAGAGAGAGAGUUGAAACACAUGGAAAAGCACAUAUAUCAGAUAGGCCAGGCCAGGGAAUCCAGGAAGAAAACAGUUAAGCAACAGCUUCGACCCCGUGAUAAGUUCAUACUACCGAAAAUCGUGCUGGAAGAGCAAGGCACACAGACCACACAGAGAAGAAAGGUCAGUGAAAGGGAACAGAUGCAAAUUAAAAACCACCAGGAACGCAUGGUUCGGGGGAGAGAACUCCUAGAGCAAAAACUUCAGGAAAGGAUCUUGAGAAAAAGUCUGAGCCCACUGCCCAUACGUGAGAGGCGCAAGGCAGUCAAGAAAGAGAGCAAAGAGUUUGAACGAGUUGUUGCAUAUCCGCUUUUCCAGCCAGACAGCGGAAGUCAGAUUAAAGUAAAUAUUCUUAUGGAAACGUUUCCGAGUAGAGAAGUAACAAGUAUGAUUGUACAACCAGCUGAAAGAAAGUUUUUGGCUGUGCCACCCUUCUUGAGGAGUCAAAUAGGAAAAAUGAAAUAUUGGUAAAAUUUCAGCACUUUU